GAUGUUAUACACUCCGGUACAGUAGGUGGGGGUAUGCACCCUUGCCGUUGGUUUGUAGUCCGCCAGUAAAACCAAAGAAGAACAAAUCGUGCUAACUAGGCACCACCGCAACUGUAGCAAUAGCGGCUAGAUAAGUUAGCCAAAUUGAUGCUGAAGUUGGGAAAUAGUUCAAGCUGAAAACCCUAUUCCAGGCUUUCUGAAUAAUAUUUACGCCGCCCGGCCGCUUUAACAACUGGAGGGACACAAUUUAAAUCCGCGAUGUGCUCCGUCGUCGGAUGCGUUUCGUCGGGUGACACAAACCAGCGAUUCAAGUUACCCGAGGACCCGGAGAGGAGGCUGGAGUGGGUUCAGUUCCUCGCCACGGUUAACAAGCAGCGGUUUAAAGAGUCGUCCUGGACCGAUAUCGCCAUUUGUAGGCAACACUUUAAAGAUGAUUGUUUUGAAAACCUGACUCCGAGCCAUCCGAGUGGUACGGUCCAGCUAAAGCCCGAAGCCGUCCCAUCACUGUGUGUCCAGCCAGAGUCAGACGAACCUGAUGCAGAUCUGAAGAGCCAAACAUGUGAUGAGUCUGUGGAAACAGAGGAAAUUGCUCCUCAGUGUGAUCAACUUGACACAGAGUCAGCACUAACUUCAGUGGCUGCCCAAGAAACUCCAGUGGUGCCGUGUGGUGUCUCAUGUUCAACCGAUGCUUUUAUAUCCCUAUACAGCCAGCUGAAACAAAACCAUGUGAACAUUGAUGUGAUCAAGGAAAAAGUUACACUUCUAAAGAUGAAAGGAAAGUAUAUUGUGAAUGAAAAACGCCUCCUCCAGUUGUUCAGCAGCACAUGCCCGUUAUGUGGCGGGAAACUUCAUAUGGAGGUCACCAGUGGGGUCCUCCUCAUCUUGAACCAACAGUGCCUUCAGUGUGAGUACAGAAACCAGUGGAAAAGCCAGGUCAAUGCUAGUGACCCAACAGCUGAAGAUAAACACCUGACAGGAGGCACUGCUGUAACUUCAGAGACCCAACAGACGGUGCCAACAGAUGACAACCACAGCAGCAUCACAGCUGUCUCUGAGAUUGUUACUGUUAUCGAUGAGCAAAGUGAUCCAGUGGAUGAAAGUGAAUCAAGUGAUGAAGAUGAAGUUGAUUCAGAUGAAGAAUGGAAGCCACUAAAUAAAUUUUUGGCAUCCAAAGAGCGUCCAAAGGAAUCUGAUGACGAAGAUGAAAGUGAAGAGAUUGAAGAAGAUGAUUUUCCUCCUCUUCCCUCCCAACACAGUCAACUCUGCACAGAGUGUGGGAAGUUUUUCAACAAAUGGAGGUCUCACACUUGUGAGCAUAAAAUUAAACCCUAUUCUUGCAACACUUGUGGCAAGAGAUGUGUCAGUGAGACUGCUCUAAACUCUCACGGCAGAGUCCACGAUGACAACUAUGAGCAUCGGUGCAAAUACUGCCAUGUUACAUUCAAAACAAAAGGGGACAAAAUGACUCACGAGAAGAUCCACCUAACUCAAGGAAAACCAUAUAAAUGUCCAGACUGUUCAGAGACAUUUGCCACCAAUAAAGACCGCCGAAUUCACCUGGAAGAUCACAGAGGCCCCAGGCAGUUAAAAUGUGACAUCUGUGGGAUUGAAUUUCUCUCGCCCCUUAAUCUCCAGAGACACAAAGUUGUGCAUACAGGAUUGAGGCCAUUUAAGUGUUCAGUCUGCCAACGUGGCUUCAACCAGGCGGGCCACCUCAAAUCCCACAUGCGCCUGCACACAGGGGAGAGGCCUUAUAAGUGUCAGCAUUGUGAUAAACGCUUCAAUCACAAUGUGAGCUUGAAGAGUCAUGUGCAGCGUUACCACACAUCCAGUUCUGGAUGUGAACAAAAGGAGGAGGAGAUAAACAAGAGGGCCGAUGGCAGUGGUGAUGCUCAGGAGAACGGGAGUAAGAGAGGCUCAGACUCAGAGCUUGGCAAUGUAGAGGAUGAAGAUGAUACAGAUUCGGAUGUGCGGAAUGAUAGAACAGGCGUACCUAAAAAGAAAAUGAGAAGCACAGGUCGACCCAUAGGAAGGCCAAAGAGCAGUGCAACAGGCACCAGGGAAGGCCGGGGAUCAAACACUAAGAAAGCCAAAGUAAAGCUUCAGAAGUUAAAGAGAACUCGUUGCAGUGAUGAGGAAAGUGAGGACGAGCAGACUGACAGUCACACAUCCUUUGACACAGCAGAGAAAGAAGAGGCAAAGAGCAAGAAAGCGAGGAAGAGCACAAAUUCUGACGACUCUGAUUUUGACCCAGAAGAGAGAAAGAAACAGAGGCACAGCAGCCCGAAGAGUGGUAAGAGCUCAGGGAAGCGAAGGGGAAGACCAAGAAAGAAUAUAGUGGUCUGAAAAUAUGAAAAGAAAGGAGCCAUAUAAAGUGGAUGUUUAAACAGAAUUGUAAUGAUUUCCUAAAAAAUUUACAUAUGACAGAUAAUACUCCUAUGUACACCUAAGCCAGGUUGUUUUAAAAUUUCAUACUUGUUCUUCACUGUUAAGAAAAAAUGUUGCUUUGAUUUUGAUAUACAUUUUAAUCCUCUUCAUUGAUGUGUAGACCAUGGGACCAUAUUGGUUAAAAGUAUAUUAAACAGAGCUGACAAUAA